AUGGCGAAGAGGAACUUCGUAAAGCUCCCCCUGGAGCAACUGGUGUUUCAGGGAAGUACUCGGGGUACAGAGGAGGGGAUCUUCGCGAUCGCAUGCGUUACCGUUCUCCGCCUGAAGAUGGCAGACGCCGCGGACGGAGGCCUUCUCCUCCCAGGAAGCGGGGUCGCAGCAUAUCACCAUCACCUUCAAGAGACGACUAUUCUGAUCGUUCAUAUGACUCACGCUCAAGAUCGCCUUCUGAGACCAGUGAAAGGCAACAUGGUGAGAGGAAACGAGAACGUGGGGUGGACUAUCGAGCUCCUGGACCUAGUUCUGGAAGCAGGGCUGUAUCUGCUGAAAGAAUGGAACUUGAGCGUGAGAAAGAUGCUUCUCAAGGACGUGACCAUACAGAGGGAGCACUGUGACACUCUCCAGACCCUCCUUGGCCGCAAGACAGAACUGGCAAAGGAUCUGUUCGAGCAUGCGAAGCUGUUGGAGAGGGAUGUUCAAGAGAAGGAAGGCCUUAUUGCCAAGAUCUCUGUCAACUUGAAGACGCUUGUCGAAGCUCAGCAGUGUGUCCAGGCAGCAGAGGACGAUGUGAAAAGGUCCAAGAUUCAACUCAACAUGUUUUUGGAAGAGUUGUCUCCAGAUGACUUGACACCUGCGGUUUCGGCUUUGGCGAAUCUCGCGGAGCUUCCGAUAGCUCUGGAUGCUGCACCUGUUGCACUCGCAGCUGCCACUGAAUUUCCUCCUCUCGAUCAUGACGCAUCUGGGGACAUGAGCCUCGUGCCAACUCCACAUGUUGGAAUUUCUGAUCAGGAAGGAUUGCCUGGUCCAGUUAUGGAGGUGGCUGGUAACCAUUACACAAGACCUUCUGCUGUUGAAAAUCAAUCCUCUGGCAAAGCAAUCUCAUCAAGACGGUUUUCUCAAGAUGAUUAUGCAAGGUCACGUCCUGAGGACUCCAUUCACGAGUCCCAGCCGCCAAUGAGGAGAAGACAGUCUCGUGACAGUCGACAUGCUGAGAACAGGUCUGACUUUCGUGGUUCAGAACAGAGAAGUGGGCGCGGCAGAUCAUCAGGCAUGCGAGACAGAGACUACAAAGACGAGAUGAAUGGUCCAGCUGAUCGAGGUGUUUAUCAGGAGGAUGAAGAUUUUAAGCCACCCAGACCUAGGGCUGCUCCAGAUGAUGAUGAGGCGGGCGAGCAACCUGUUGCUGAUGCAGCAGAGGCUAAAGCAUCUGGCAAGGGUAUUGUCAUGAAGUUUCUUGAAAAUGACAAGCGAGGGAAACGUCAAAUCGGGCAGGAGAAAGAUGGAGAGAAACAGGCAAAGCUGGCUGAGGACUCUGGAAAGGGCAAGCAGAGCAGGAAUGCUGAUAGCGACAAGUUCCUGAAGACGUCUGAACGCCAGAAGGUCCAAGAUGCUCCUUCCCAGCUGAAGUGGCUUAGGGAGGAAAAGGAGGCGCUUGCACGUAAACCGGAGCUCACUGUUCCUGCUCAGUCAAGCAUAGUGAAGAUACCAUUACUUGAGAAGGCGAAGCAGGGAAAGGCCAAGGCGGAGGAGAAAGUGGAACAGCAGGAUCAGCAGCUGCAGAUUGAGCAGUCAGAGGAGGAGGAUGCGUCUCUAGGGUCAAAGAAGGACUCUGCUGCAGCACAGGAGUACCCCAUGGAGGAGGAUGAGGCGCCUCCAGGUGUGACGCCUCAAGCAGAUGAGGCAACUGUCCACCCAGGGGCUCACGAUGUGUUCGGUGUCGCUGCUCCUGUCGAGUAA